CCUGUCCUGGCAUAGCGGUCGGGACAGAAUCGAAGAGAAAUGAAGCUUAUAUUACUACUGGUAUUCGCUGCUCUCCUUCCGGCGGCCGUACCGGACCCAAGGGUGCCGAGCCUGCUACCUCUGCACAAGCCCGCCCUCAUCGAGAUGUCGCCGGAGCGGCUGCGCGCAGCGCUCAACUGGGCGCGACACAAGGUGGCCGGGUAUGAGAAGCUGGAGAAGGCCCGCGUGUUGCCGAGUGGCUCGCUCUCCACCCAUCACCAGCGGUACUCCGCGAGCGACCCGGAGAUCCAGUGGAUGGGCCGCGAGGCGCUGGCUUGGGUGGAGGCGGCGCGCGCGCCGGCCAACCUCAGCGAGUGGGCCACAGAGGAGGAGCCCAGCCGCGCGACUCGUCCCACGCCGCGCUGCAGCAGACGUCCCCGCUUCCGGCGUCAGGACGGUGCGUGCAACAACGCAGAGAACCCUCUGUGGGGCGCGUCAGACACGCCGCUGGUCCGUAUGCGGCCGGACACGUUCGAAGACGGUGUGAAUGCGCCGCGAAGCCGCGGACGGUUCGGCAGCCGGCUGUCCUCGGCCCGCCUCAUCAGCCAGAGGGUCACAGGCAGCUCUAACGUGGUGAACAGGAGGAUCACGUUGUCACUCGUCAACUUUGCCCAGUUCCUUGACCACGACUUCACGCUGUCGCCUAUCUUCGCCACCCGGUCCGGUGAGGAGCUGGAGUGCUGUCGGAACGGCCAGGUCAUCACGUCAGGCCAGCACCCGCAGUGCCUGCCGAUCAUGAUCCCGUCCAACGAUCCGUUCUUCGGGCCUCUCAGACAGCGCUGCAUGAACUUCGCCCGUUCCAUACCGGCGGCCGGGUCCCAGCCGGGGCCGACCAUCACCAAGAACGUUCUGACCGCCUUCAUUGACGGCAGUGGCAUCUACGGCUCACGCUCGUCUCGCGCCUACCAGCUGCGCACCCGCAGAGGCGGCCUCCUGAAGACGCAGGGGCGUAACCUGCUGCCGCGGGUGCGCUCCUCCACAGAGACGCUGUGCUUUAGCCCCGACCAGAGGAGACGGCCCUGCUUCAUGGCUGGGGACGUACGCUCGAACGAGCAGAGUGGUCUCGCCAUGAUGCACACCAUCUGGCUGCGCGAACAUAACCGGAUCGCUCGCGCUCUGGCAAGCAUCAACCGGUGUUGGAAUGACGAGCGUUUGUUCCAGGAGGCUCGUCGGAUUGUAGGUGCUGAGCUGCAGCACAUCGUCUACAACGAGUGGCUCCCGCUCGUUAUCGGCCGGCGGUACAUGCAGAAGUUGAACAUCGAGACCCAGCGGCGUGGCUACUCUUCGCGGUAUUCGCCGGAAGUCGACCCAUCGAUCGCCACGGAGUUCUCGACGGCCGCGUACCGGUUCGGCCACACGAUGAUCCAGGGCCAGAUCCAGAUGUUCCAAAGCGUCCAGAGCCCGCCCCCACCUGUCAGCCGAGCCGUCAACGUGCGUGACGUGUUCUUCGACCCGGCGCUCUUCUACGAGGGCCGGCUGGGCGAGCUCGCCAUCGGCAUGAUCACACAAAACGCGCAGACGUGCGACGCCAACUUCGCCGAGGACCUCUCCGAGUUCCUCUUCGUGGAGAAGGGUGGCACCUUCGGCAUGGACCUUGUCGCGCUCAACAUUCAACGCGGUCGCGACCACGGCAUCGCCACCUACAACACGAUGCGUGAGCACUGCUUCCUGGGCCGCGUGGCCAGCUUCACCGAUCUGCUUCGCUUCAUGCCGCUCUCCGUGGUGAGCCGCCUGCGAAGUGUCUAUCGACACGUGGAUGACAUCGACCUGUUCGUGGGUGCCGUGUCCGAGCGGCCGGUGUUCGGCGCCGCCGUCGGCCCCACCAUUCGGUGCAUCCUUGCUGACCAGUUUGCCCGGCUGCGCUGGGGAGACAACUUCUUCUACGACCUCGUCAACCUGCAGCGCUGGAGGACGCGCUGUUAA